AUGCAUGCAACUAGGUUGCAUUAUGUGCGCUGCAUCAACCAAUUCGACAACAUUUGCGGCGGGCGCGGUGUUUCAUUCGAUAGGCAACGGUGGACUAAGAUUACUGUCGACACUAUUUAUUGCGGACUAUACAUCACUCAAGUGGCGAGGCGCAGCUCUAUCUUGGACCUAUCUUCCCUCUCUGGUUAUGAUAUGGCUGCGACCGAGAAUCUCUAUUACCAUGUCAUGGAGGUGGACAUACGGAAUGGUCAUAAUCAUAAUGUCCUUCCUUUGUGGCCCCGCAUUAUAUGCUAUUUUCCGCAACUCGAAAUACCAUACAGCACCAAGUCUACCAAAUUCACAGUUAAUGAAGUUCAAGAACCUCGUCUCACGCAUGGAUCCUAUUGGUCUCUCAAUUUUACUUCGGGGUUUGCUCUGAUCGAGUACAACUCCGAUCCCGCGUUUACCAGCAUAAUCGCAGAUAAAUCGGAAGGGCAUGCUAUUCGCAAUUAUGAUAUUUUGGUUAGCGUCCAUAUUCCCCGUGGCCCUGUGAAGGAUUUAUGCCGUUUUGUACUAUGGAACUCGAACGAUUUGGGCCUUUUGCUAUCCACUUCCGCAAUAGCAUACAACGCGUCCGCGCCACUGUUAGGCUUAGUGUACUAUUUCACUCAGCGCUACAAGCCCUUUUAUGUCUGGGAUGUGUUCUCUUUGCUUGGGUUGUGCGCUCUGGCGGCAUAUCUUUUCACUAUUCAAGCACUCAUCGGUUUCGGAAUUAUUGCAGUCGACAUGGGUACCUUGAUUAGUGCUCAGGCCUCCGUUGCCCACGAUGAUCUAGCGACUGUAACGGCCUUACUUGCCGUUUCAUCACAACUUGCUACCAGUGUAGGAAAUGUAGUGGGAACGGCGAGCUCAGUAUGGAUGGUGCUACCAGAUCAGAGUUUGGCUCAUGGCUCUGGGUCUAUCAAUAUUAUGCCUUUCCUUUCCCUGUUCGUACCGAACUACAUUCUCGGGAAACGAGCAUAG